ACAGGGUGUGUGUGUGGGGGGGGAUAAACUACUCCUAAACCCAUCCUGGGGCACCCCAAGGAGGCGAGAAGGACCCCGCCAGCCUCCCAUGCCUGGCCCACAGAAGGCAGCAGCAACAGCAGCAUCGCCAGCAUGGCAAGGCCUGGUCCGGGGGCGCUGCUUUUUGCCAACGGGUUGGGCUUCCCCCCCACCAACAUGGCCCGGGUGGUGGUGUGGGAAUGGCUGAAUGAGCACAGCCGGUGGAGGCCCUACACGGCGGCCGUCUGCCACCACAUCGAGAACAUCCUGAAAGAAGAUGCUCGGGGCAGCGUGGUGCUCGGACAGGUGGAUGCCCAGCUCUCUCCGUACAUUAUAGAUUUACAAUCCAUGCACCAGUUCCGUCAGGAUACAGGGACCAUGCGCCCAGUCCGGAGGAAUUUUUAUGACCCUUCUUCCGCUCCCGGCAAAGGGGUGGUCUGGGAGUGGGAGAACGACAACAACUCCUGGACCCCUUACGAUAUGGACAUCUGCAUCACCAUCCAGAAUGCCUACGAGAAGCAGCACCCCUGGUUGGACCUCUCCUCCUUGGGGUUCUGCUACCUGAUCUACUUCAACAGCAUGUCGCAGGUGAACCGCCAGACCCAGAGGAAGCGCCGUCUACGGCGACGCAUGGAUUUAGCCUACCCGCUCAUCAUGGGCUCCAUUCCCAAGUCUCAAUCCUGGCCAGUGGGGACCAACUCUGGCCACCCUUGUUCGUGUCAGCAGUGCCUGCUGGUCAACAGCACCCGGGCAGCAUCCAACGCCAUCUUGGCUUCCCAACGCCGGAAAGUCUACGCGGGCAAUAGCAACGGGACGCUGGCAGUCCGCCAGAGCAAUACGUUCAACGGGACGGCCUUGUGGUCUUUGGGGGCUGUGCCGGCAGGAGGGGUGUCCAAGAUGGAGCAGUCGCGUUCCGCCAACGGGGUGCCAGCUGCCACCGCCUUCUCCCGAAGUCAGAGCGCACCCAACAAUACUCAAGUUCCGGGUCAAAAUAAUCUGAACCGACCUGGGACACAGCGGGCGGCCAUCCUAAGUAGCAGAGCCUCCAUCCCACCUGG